AUGGUUAAAACACGUUCUUCAGCGAGGGUAGUGAAUGCUGCCCAGGGCGAGGCCACCGCAAAUGGAAACUCUACCGAUCUUAGACAACGGCUAAAAGCCUGUGACAAUAGACCACGUCAGCAAAAAAGCUACAGCUCUAGGCAAGUGUCACAUACAGAAUGUCCAGACUGGCUGCAGCUGGUGUAUUGUCUCAGGAACAGUCAAGCGUUGUCAUCGGGCGGGCCCGGCAGCGCUCAGGGCAAGGAUCCGUUGGCCCCGGCGAUAUCUGGCUCAAGAGCCAUGUACCAACAUCCGGCUGUCAGCGGAUACAACCCACAAGACUCGCGCUCACAGAACAUGCCCGGCACGGCGCGGCAGAACCCUUUGUACGCGAGCAGUAUGUACCACUACAGCGGCUCGGGCGCCACGCUCGCCCCUAUGCCGUCCCCGUCACCCACCGCGCCACUGCCGCCCUUCCCCGUGCAUCCUGACGUCAAGUUUAAAAAAUUACCGUUCUACGACGUGUUGGCGGAACUGAUGAAGCCGUCUACAAUGAUGCCGAUGCAAGCUGGUCGCAUGCAGGAGGGCACCUUCAUCUUCCACCUCACGCCGCAGCAGGCCACUGAGAUAGCAUCAGGGAAAGACAUCGUUGGAGCCAGCAAUAAACUCGAUUAUGUUAUACAAGCGCAGUUGAGGUUCUGCCUUCUAGAAACUUCAUGCGAACAAGAGGAUUAUUUCCCACCUAGUGUUAAUGUUAAAGUUAAUAAUAAGAUGUGUCCGUUACCAAACCCAGUACCUACUAAUAAACCUACUCCGGAGCCAAAGCGGCCGCCGCGGCCUGUGAAUAUAUCGUCUCUUGUGAAGUUGUCGCCGACAGUAGCUAACACUAUACACGUGACGUGGGCAGCUGACUUUACUAGGGCGUACGUACUCAGCGUGUUCAUGGUGAGGAAGUUAACGUCCGCGGAACUGCUGCAGAGACUCAAGAACAAGGGAACCAAGAACCCUGACUACACGAGAUCGUUGAUUAAGGAGAAAUUAUCAGAGGACUAUGACAGUGAGAUAGCAACCACAUCUCUACGCGUGUCUUUAAUGUGUCCUCUCGGGAAGAUGCGUAUGUCGUGUCCGUGUCGACCUGCCAACUGUCCACACUUGCAAUGCUUCGACGCAUCACUCUUUCUUCAGAUGAACGAGCGGAAACCCACCUGGCUGUGUCCCGUCUGUGACCGACCAGCGCCUUAUGACUCACUAGUCGUUGAUGGGUACUUCCAAGAGGUUCUAACAUCUCCUCGCCUGGCCAGCGAGUGUAACGAGAUCCAGCUCCACGCGGACGGCAGCUGGUCUGCGCACGCGCCGCCGCCCCGCGCCCCGCCACCCGCCGCGCCCGCCGCCGAGCCCGUCACACUUAUAUCAGACGACCUUGAAGUCAUACCCGUGGAUGGGAACAAUUCAGCCAAACGGGCGGCUGUAGGCGACACUCGUACACCAAAAACUGCUGAAGUAUUGGUCGAUCUGACUUCAGACUCAGAAGAUGAACUGCCACUGAAGAGGAAAGUACCACAACCUAAGAGCACACCGCCAGCCUUAGACAAUAUUAAAACAGAUGACAACUACACUACAUCUAGCGCGGAGGCGGUAACAAGUAGCGGCUACCGUUCCCCGGGCGGCGGCGCGGUCAUCUCUCUAGACAGCCCUUCCCCGCCGGCCCCGGCCUCGCCUCACACACACACACAUACACACGCGACACACACUACAUUAGACGCGGUGUCGCCUAGAUCGCUCUCUAGCGAUAUAUGUACAAGUAACAACAUUGAACGCGAGGAAAACGAUUCCGCACCAACACACUGGGCGCCGUAUGCAGAUGCAGAGAGAGAAACACAUGACACAUAUAGAAGGUACUGA